GUGCCUUCUGCUUCCAGGCUGCUUCAGCUUGGCCAGAGCAACAGAGGAACCUCCUGCGGCUGCGGGGCUGCGUGCCAGGGCUGGCCCUUCCUCCAGAUCCCACCUUCCUCCUCCUCCCUGCCUGCUGUGGACAGAACCAGCCCCUCAGAGCAGAGAUAAUACCCAGUGCAAACCCUUGAGGGGCCCCAAAAGCAUUUGUGAGCUGCCUUUCCUCUUCCCCCAUCUCCUGGGAGCCCACAUCCCAUCUCCCGGGCAUGUGAGAGCUGCCGGGAUCUGGCUGGCAGGGCCACACGUGUUUGUCCCCGCGGGUGGCCCUGGCAGCAGCACAGCCUGUAAAACCCGCCCAGGGCUGAGCAAACAGCAAACAGCCGGGGCAAUGUCCGACCCCUGCCCCUUGCCCGGCUGCGUGAUUGAGCACGGCCACCUGGGGACAGCGGCACGGCCCCUCGGACGUCACCUCUCCCUCUGGUGUCGCGCAGGCUCGGCGGUGGGUGAGGACACACCGCGAGGUCCCACGGGCCACCAGAGCAUCCGUUGUCAGGCCAUGGCAGCCCAGCCAGUCGGGGGCCAGAAGCCCUUCCACAUCGUUUCACCCGUCCUGGAGAGCAUGUCCCUCUCCAAGGCCGUGGGCACCAAGGUCUUCAUGAAGCUGGAGAACGUCCAGCCCUCGGGAUCCUUCAAGAUCCGGGGCAUCGGGCACCUGUGCCAGGAUGCUGCCAAGAAGGGCUGCCGCCACUUCGUCUGCUCCUCAGGAGGGAACGCGGGUCUGGCAGCAGCGUACGCAGCCCGGAAGCUGGGGCUGCCCAUCACCGUGGUGGUCCCCAGCAGCAGCGGCCCCACCCCCGUGCGCAAACUGGAGGAGCUGGGGGCGACAGUCGAGGUCUACGGCAAGGUGUGGGAUGAUGCCAACAGCAGAGCCCAGGAGCUGGCUAAGACAGAGGGCUGGGUCAGCAUCCCCCCCUUCGAUCACCCCUUGGUGUGGGAGGGUCACGCCAGCCUGGUCCGGGAGCUGAAGGACUCUCUGGAGGCCAAACCAGGCGCCAUCGUGGUGGCGGUGGGUGGCGGGGGGCUGCUGGCCGGUGUCGUGGCCGGCCUGCAGCAGGUGGGCUGGCAGGAUGUCCCCAUCGUCGCCGCCGAGACCCUGGGAGCUCACAGCUUCCACGAGGCGCUCAAAGCCGGCCGGCUCGUCACCCUGCCCGACAUCACCAGCGUGGCCACGUGCCUGGGAGCCAAGACGGUGGCGGCGCGGGCGCUGGAGUGUGCCCGGGAGUGCCAGGUGCUCUCGCAGGUGGUGGAGGACGCGGAGGCCGUGCGGGCUGUGGAGCAGUUCCUGGAUGAGGAGCGGAUGCUGGUGGAGCCGGCGUGCGGGGCCCCCCUGGCCGUGCUCUACUCGGGGCGGCUGCAGCGGCUGCAGAGCGAGGGGCGGCUGCGGAGCCCGCUGCGCUCCGUGCUGCUCGUGCUGUGCGGCGGCAGCAACAUCCACACGGCCCAGCUGCGGGCCCUGAAGAGCCGGCUGGGGCUGCAGUGACACCCGCGCCGGGCACGGGAUGUGACAGAGCCCGCCUGGCACGCUCUGCUCGCUUUCCUUCCCGAAGAACCGAAAUAAAGCCUGGGGACGUGGGGCCGGGCUCCUCACGCUGCCUCUUGCAGCACGCAGCGCCCAUGCAGGGAUGGGGAAACUGAGGCACGGGGGGUCGCACUGCAGGCCUGUGCCGAGGGCGGCACCGGGCCCCGCACAUCCCGUUUUUCCCCUGGGACAUGCCAGGUAUUCUCCUUGCAACCCUCCGCCCCCCUCUCCUCCCUCCCCCUGCUCCUCCCCUGGCUGUUCGGGCUGCAGCUCCCCACCUCAAUUAGCAAGCGCUCCCUCUCUGACUAAUUACUUUGCUACUGUCUUUCUGCAUUAUUAUUGUAAUGAUUAUUAAUUAUUACAAUCCUCUCCCAUUCCUGCCACAUUGGCUGUGGCCAGACGAGAACAACGCUCUUGUUACGGUGAUUUAUCCACGGGAAUCCCCGGCCGGGUUUAACACCUGCGGGUUCCGAGGCGCUCUAACAUGUGGAGGGGAUAUACCCCAUCCUACACCCCCUGAGAUCCCUUUUCCCCCCAUCCCACUCUUUUUCCCAUUCUCCCUUUCCCCCAGGCUUUCCUGCUCUCCCACAUUUCCACUCUGUAGCGCUGUGUUCGCUUUUAGCCCUUUGCUGUGGCGCCUCCUGGGGUAUUUUUUGUGUCCUCCCAACAUUUCUCCUCUCUCCUUCCUCCCCUUCCGGGUGAUGCGGAGCUUUGCUCCUGCUGGUGCUCCCCAGCCCCAGCUGGUUCCCCUGCUGAGCCUGUGCCCUGUGAUGCUGGGCAGGGAGAGAAGCCUUUUGCUGCCCCCAAACCCCUCUCAUCCUCCUCCCUUUUGGGGCAGGUGUCAGCCCCGGGAGCAGCUCACCACAUCCCCCCACAAAGCCCUCUUCCCUGACCUGGCUGCCAACCCCCCAAAAACCCCUGCCCUCAGCCCCGUGGCCCUGUACCUCCCACCGGUCGGGCCACCUUCCCAGGUGCUUCGUGGAGGCCAAACCCCCAUAAAUCAAAACUCUGCCACUCCAUCGUGAGCAAUAUCUUAUGUAAAAAGGUGUUUCCAGGGAGCACCGAAGGCUGGAGAAUCCUAUUACGAGGCACACUAUUAAUUAUAAGGAGUCAGCCCAACCUACUCCAGCUAUUUUUUAUCCCAGGUCCAAAACCUGAUUACUUUCCACCUUCUGCAGACCUUCCCCCUUCAGGAAAAAAAAAAAAAAAAGGCAAGAAGGUCAGGAGAAGAAAAAAACCCCAAACCGAAUAGCAUUGGUGUUUGCCCAACAGCUUUUAAAAAGGAAUUUAUUCCCUUGAUUCUGCUCGGGGAGGGGGGGGAGUGGUCAGGGCAGUCAGGAUCUCACGAUGGGGAUUCCUCAGCACAGAAGGGUCACUGCUGGCAGUGGCAUGGGCGUGACUGUGGGGUUUGGGGUGACCCAGCAGGGAGCUUUUCCCCUCCUCGCCUUCAGGAGGGGGCACUUGGCCUUUGGGUGCCAGCUGGGGGCUUUGGAUCUCCCUGGCAGGGAUGUGCGGUGCAGGGUGGAGAGGACACCCCUAAGGGGUGGCAGGAGACAGGCAGGAAUCCUGAGUGCUGCUGCCUUCCCGGGACCUCUGGGGCGAUGGGGACCCCGGGUCUGGCUCCUGCAGAGCUCCUCUGUGCCAGGCAAUUAUUCCUUGGGCUCUUCCCUGCUUUGAUGGCUGCUCCUGCUGAGUCCCAUCCUCCUGCGAGCCCCCAGCCUGGGAGGUGGCAGCUUGGAGCAUCAUCCCCAAUCCCUCCUGCAGCCUCUUCUGUCCAGGUCUCACAGAUGGGGUGUCCCGGCAGCCUAAAAACUACCCUCAGCUCAGUGCCUUGAAUUUCGAAAUAAUAAUAAUAAUAAUAAUAAUAAUAAUAAUAAUAAUAAUAAUAGUAAUAAUAAUAAUAUGAAUAAUAAUAAUAGCAACCAGUGUUCACCCAGUGAUUGACCAUUUCAUACUCAAAAUGAUGCUGUGAGUGGGUUAUUUAGCACCACAUCGCCCUGUCCUUAUGAAAAUUCCUCAUUACCUGCUAACACCGACAACCUGCAAGUGCUGGAGCCCAGAGGAGCAGCCAGUUUUGCUCCUGCCUCAGUUUCUCCAUUUGGGAAAAGGGGAGAAGGUGUUUUUCUUGGGGGGUGAGAGAACCCCAAUGUCUGUGCUGGCCCCAGCUCCUGGCUGAGGGCUCGCUCGGGGCUCCGUGUGGCUCGUUGGCCACCCCGUUAUUAAUGCCAGUAAUGGUAUAGGAAGGAUAAAUUCCACCACUUGGCUGAACAGCGAAAAUAUGCAGAGAUGUGGCUGGCUUUCCAUAAAUCAUCGGUGCUCCGUGCUACAACCGAGCCAGGACUUAAAAUUCAGGUCAGGAGAGAGGGACUCUCGUAAGCCAGCAAGGGAAGGUAAUUUAUUCUGUUUAUAUCGUUUUACUGCAA